GUAAGACGACAACAAUGUCACGUCACAAAAACUCAUCAGAUCAGAUAAUAUUUUGAAAAAAAAAAAAACUCUUCUCUCCGCGACUUUUUGAUUUCAUUGGAAUCUUCACUCUCUAGGGUGUGCUGAAAAGUGAAAAAUGGCAUCUUUGAUUGUGGGACAGCUUGUUUUUCCAUCAGAAAACGGUUACAAAGUGUGGGAAGAUCCCUCUUUUAUUAAAUGGAGAAAAAGAGAUCCUCAUGUUACUUUGCGUUGCCAUGACUCUGUUGAAGGAUCUCUUAGAUACUGGUAUGAACGCAAUAAAGUGAACCUUUCAGUAUCCAACGCUGCUGUUUGGAACGAUGAUGCUGUUCAGAGUGCACUUGGAAGUGCUGCUUUUUGGGUUAAAGGCUUGCCUUUUGUCAAGUCUUUGUCUGGUUAUUGGAAAUUUUUACUGGCUCCCAAUCCUGCUGCUGUUCCAAAGAAUUUUUAUGAAAGUGCAUUUCAGGAUUCUGAUUGGGAAACUUUGCCAGUUCCUUCCAAUUGGCAAAUGCAUGGAUUUGAUCGGCCUAUUUACACAAAUAUUGUGUAUCCAAUUCCGCUUGAUCCUCCUCAUGUUCCUACAGAUAACCCUACAGGCUGCUACAGGACAUACUUUCAAAUUCCUAAAGAAUGGAAGGGUCGCAGGAUUUUGUUGCACUUUGAAGCGGUUGAUUCUGCCUUCUGUGCAUGGAUAAAUGGGGUCCCCAUUGGAUACAGUCAGGAUAGUAGAUUGCCCGCUGAGUUCGAAGUAACAGAUUAUUGCUAUUCAUGUGAUUCGGACAAGAAGAAUGUUCUAGCUGUUCAAGUAUUUAGGUGGAGUGAUGGAUCUUACCUUGAAGACCAAGAUCAUUGGUGGUUAUCUGGUAUUCAUCGAGAUGUACUUCUCCUUUCUAAGCCACAGGUUGAAGUGAAAAUAGAUUGCUCAAGAGAAACAUCUAAAGAUAAAGUGCUUACGAACUUUAUCAUAGAAGCUGCAUUAUAUGAUGCUGGGAGCUGGUACAACCAUGAUGGAAACAUUGAUCUACUUUCAUCAAACGUGGCUAACAUAAGGCUCAAGCCCUUCCCCACUGGAACUCUAGGUUUUCAUGGUUAUAUGCUGGUGGGGAAACUGGAAAAGCCCAAGCUAUGGUCUGCUGAACAGCCAAAUCUAUACACUCUGGUUAUCAUACUUAAGGAUGCAUCUGGCAACAUAGUUGACUGUGAAUCAUGCCUAGUUGGUAUAAGACAAGUAUCAAAAGCCCCAAAGCAGCUACUUUUUAAUGGGCAUCCAGUUGUAAUAAGAGGUGUGAACAGGCAUGAGCAUCAUCCACGUUUGGGGAAGACAAACAUAGAAUCUUGCAUGGUUAAGGAUUUGGUUGUAAUGAAGCAAAACAAUAUCAAUGCUGUGAGAAACAGCCACUAUCCCCAACAUCCCCGUUGGUAUGAGUUGUGUGACCUGUUCGGUAUGUAUAUGAUUGAUGAAGCCAAUAUUGAAACACAUGGUUUUGAUCUUUCUGGACAUCUGAAGCAUCCAACUCAGGAACCUAGUUGGGCUGCCGCAAUGAUGGACCGUGUUAUAGGCAUGGUGGAAAGGGACAAAAACCAUGCCUGCAUUUUUUCUUGGUCCUUAGGAAAUGAAUCUGGAUAUGGACCUAAUCAUUCUGCUUCAGCUGGAUGGAUUCGUGGGAGGGAUCCUUCACGACUAGUACAUUAUGAAGGUGGUGGAUCUAGAACCCCAUCUACCGAUAUUGUAUGCCCAAUGUAUAUGCGCAUCUGGGACAUAGUGAAGAUUGCAAAAGAUCCAAAUGAAACACGUCCUUUGAUUUUGUGCGAGUAUUCACAUUCAAUGGGAAACAGCAAUGGAAAUAUACAUGAAUAUUGGGAAGCAAUUGAUAACAUAUUUGGCCUCCAAGGUGGCUUUAUAUGGGAGUGGGUUGACCAGGGCCUAUUGAAGGCCAAUGACAAUGGUAGUAAAUAUUGGGCAUAUGGUGGUGACUUUGGGGAUUCUCCCAAUGAUUUAAACUUUUGCUUGAAUGGUCUUACAUGGCCAGACCGAACUCCUCACCCUGCCUUACAUGAGGUUAAGUAUGUCUAUCAACCAAUCAAAGUUUCUCUUACAGAAACCAUGAUCAAGAUAAAGAACACUAAUUUUUAUGAGACAACAGAAGGAAUGGAGUUCAAAUGGGCUGCUCAUGGGGAUGGGUGUGAACUUGGAUGUGGAAUUCUAUCCCUUCCUGUGAUAGAACCCCAGGGCAGCUAUGAGAUAGAAUGGAAGUCUGGUCCAUGGUAUCCUUUAUGGGUUUCCUCUGAUGCUGAAGAAAUAUUUUUAACAAUCACUGCUAAGCUUUUGCACUCUAAACGGUGGGUAGAAGCUGGUCAUGUUGUUUCAUCUACACAAGUCCAGUUGCCUGCCAAGAGAGAUACGCUGCCUCAUAUAAUCAAAACAAAAGAUGAUGUCCUUUCUGCUGAAAUUCUUGGGGAUAAUAUCAGAAUUAGCCAGCAGAAGUUAUGGGAGAUUACAUUGAAUAUGAAAACUGGAAGUCUUGACGGCUGGAAGGUUGAAGGUGUCCCUAUAAUGAAAAAUGGUGUAUUUCCAUGCUUUUGGCGAGCACCGACAGACAAUGACAAAGGGGGAGGUCUGAGUAGUUAUUACUCUAGUUGGAAAGCUGCCGAUAUGGAUGACAUAGUUUUUCUUACAGAAAGCUGUACUAUACAAAAUAAGACUGAGCAUCUUGUGAAAAUAUUGGUUGUUUACCUUGGCAUCCAUAAGGGUGAGAAUGGUACUUUAACUGAGUUGGCAAAAGCAGAUGCUUUAAUCAAAAUGGACUUGCUUUACACGAUCCAUUCUUCUGGUGACAUCAUUAUGGACUCCGUUGUAAAACCAAUUUCUAAUCUUCCUCCUUUACCACGCGUUGGAGUUGAAUUCCACCUGGAAAAAUCAGUGGACCAGGUGAGAUGGUAUGGAAGAGGGCCAUUUGAGUGCUAUCCUGAUCGAAAAGCUGCAGCACAUGUUGGGGUUUAUGAGCAGACGGUAGAUGGCAUGCAUGUUCCUUAUAUUGUUCCUGGGGAAUCUGGGGGUAGGGCAGAUGUCAGGUGGGUGACAUUUCAAAACAAGGAUGGCUAUGGAAUUUAUGCUUCAACUUAUGGCAUAUCUCCACCUAUGCAAAUGAAUGCUAGUUAUUACAGCACAGCAGAGCUUGACCGAGCAACACGCAAUGAAGAACUUAUCAAAGGGGAUUACAUUGAGGUGCAUCUUGACCACAAGCACAUGGGUAUUGGCGGGGACGAUAGCUGGACACCCUGUGUACAUGAAAAGUAUCUGAUUCCGGCUGUGCCAUACUCAUUCUCUAUUAGGUUGUGUCCUGUAACUGCAGCUACCUCUGGCCAAAGUAUCUACAAAUCCCAUCUUCAAAACUGAGUCCAUCCUCUGUUUUUGCUUCAAACCUUUUGAAGGGUGAAAUUAUGAGAAGGUUCUUAGUUUACCAUGUAAUAAUAAGGCGUUUCGACUGUCUAGUGUAGUUUUAAUCCUGUCUGUAAGAAUCAUAGUCAGGUUUGCUUAUGAUAAUAAAAAACAAUCUUAUCUUGGAACCUAAAAUUAUUAAUCUUUGA